UGUGAUUGGUCGAUCGCCUCGGGUUCAUCAUGGCGGUUUGUUAUUCCGCGUGAUAUGAGAGCGGCCGCCGUUUAAACCCUCGCCCUGCUCGCGCCCGUCGAUGCUGCGCCAUUUUCGGUGAAUGAACACGACCACCGGUGGAGAUGGUGGGUGUGAGUGUAGUGCAGGUGGCGAAUGGGGUUCGUCACACACCCCUCCCACCUCUCACACAUGACUUACAGCUCAGCCAUGAAGAUCACACAAAGGAGCUUGACACAUCCUCCCCACCACAUAAAGUGUUGGGGGGAUUUGUUGGAGGGGGGCAGCUUGCUUGGCGAGCCUGUGGCCCCACCUUGGAGGUCAUUGAGCCAACGACAGGAAGGAGAAAAGCUGCCUGGACAUUUGGUGCCAUCAUGCACAAUGCUGAUGCCAGAGUAACAAGUGUGGCUGGUGUUGGGCUUGGGACAAUUUCCCAAGUUGUAGUUGGUGUGGACCUUGGUGCAGACCGUAGACCUCAGGGAAUGGUUGCGCUUUUAUCUCUCCACUCAUCACGUGUAACUAGAGUAUUUCAUUUCACUUACAAGGUAAGGAGUGUGUGUAUGGUGUCUGGUGGAGAAGUGAGUGUGGAUCCGGGCACCUUAUCAGCAGAGUUGCGUCCAUGGCGAGGUCUGUUGGUCGUUGGAACUUCACAUGGCACACUUCAUCUAGUUGACUUAGCAUUAGACCUGGGUGGCCAUAAAGUUUUGUCUGAUGAGAUCUCUCCAGGCACUUUAGUGAAUAUAACCAUACCAGAUGCCCAAGCAGAGAGUUCCCGGUUCAGUGCAGUUAUGCAGAAUUGCCAUCCAACUGUGUGCUUAAGUGAUGGCAUGAGUCAAAAUGGCCGCUUCCAGCUCAUCGGGCCUGACGACAAUGUGCUUUUUGAGACGGCAAGUCACUGUGUGGUAGUUACUGCCAUGUCCUUCAUCCCACAGCUUGCCUCACUUGUCAUAGGAUAUAAUUUUGGGGCUUUCCAGAUAAUCAACUUGUCAACUCUAACCAUAGAUUGUGCAAGCCCUUAUGAAGACAACAUGCCUCCAGUACAUUCCUUUGCCUGCCAAGAACCAGAGAAUGACCCCAAGAACUUUGUUUACCUGUGGCUCUGUCGGAGUUGGGGUCCUUCUGAUGAUUCUGAAAGUAAGGAUGGAAGGCCUGCAGGGAGGAACAAAGCCCCAGCAUUGUGCACCAUGUAUACCAUGACCUAUGACAACAAAGUAUGGAUAGAAGGGCAUGGACUAUGGUACCAAGGCCUUGCAUCGAUUUCUCCGAGGUUUGAGUUUGAUGCUAUCGGAGGUCUGGGUCUGAAGGGCCAGCCAGCCCAACCCAGCACGGUGUUCACUGCCAUGACAGUGCGGCAGACAACCCACAAUUCAGCUGUGGCACCGGGAGGAUCUUCAGCUGCUUCAGCACUUGCUACUCCUGAUGAAGAUGCUGGACCAGCACCUGAACAAAGCUUGUCAAUGUUUGGGUGGGUAGGAGGUGUCCUGGAACGGGGCUGUAUUACUGUUAAUCACUAUCUGGCUAUCUUUGACAUUAACCAGUGGUAUCAGGCUCAAAUGCCCUCCAAUUUGAAGCUGGAUGAGUCUUUACUGUGCCCAUACAUGAGCUUCCAUGUGUUGGACAGAGUACCUGGAGGAGCUAACGAGUUUGUCCUUGGUGCAGCCCCCAAGCCAGCUUCAUGGACUAGACACAUGUCACGCACUUGUAAUGAUAGUGACUGGUUCCCUGCUGCCCUCUCAUAUGAUGCCCAUGUGUUAACUAGUCAAGGUCUGAUGGAAUAUCGAUGCCAGAGUGCUCAGCAGGCAUCCCUGACCUACCUAACUUCCUGUGGGCCCUCUGCCGUUGUAAGCCCAGGAGAGGCCCAUGCAAUGUGCACCUUUUCUGGCCUUAUUCCUCAAGACAACCAUAUGGCAGCUACAGGGUCUUCUAUGGUUUUGGAGCGUGAAGCCCUUCUGAAUGUGGCUCUGGACCAGCAGUUGGUGUCCCUUUUAGUUCAGUGUGUAGCAGAAUUUGCUGAGGGCCGCUUUACUAACCUUGGAUGCUCUCUGCCAUCUUUACUGGACUGGGCUUGGUCAAGAGUGUGUGCCAUCAAGGCCACCAAUGACAACCUUAGUCUACCCUUGUUUGACCCAGACUGUGGAGUCAUUAGUGCUGAGAGUAUUACCACUCUUCACCAGAAUCUUAACAGUUUGGCCUCUCUCACCACUGUUGUUACUGCUAUACGGGACUGUGCCAAAACCAACAUGAUAACCAUGAAAGGUGCUGGUGAGCUUGAGAGUCGUGUCCAGGUUGUGAGUCUGUUGAUGCUACAUUUGAGUGUCGUUUUGUGGUUUUAUCACUGUGGCCUCCUUUCUCAUAGUCCCACAGAAGAUAUAGAAGAGUGUCAUGUCCCCUUCCCCGCUGAUCUCUUGUGUCGGAUAUACAAGAACAGACGCUCAGAAAUCAAGCGAUUGAGCACCACCCUAAAUGGGGCUGAGAUUCUCAUGAUCGACGGUUUGUUGGAGGACAUGAACGGCGGUGGAAGUAUUGGGAAGGCUUGGGAAAAAGAGGGAGGAAGUGGCUUGUACCCUCCACCUUCCCUUCAUGCCCUGUUAGCCAUCUUCCUCCUCCCAGACAUCUCUACCACCACCAAGCACCGCAUUGUCCAAUACCUCUUCCUUGAUCUGGCAUCACUUCUCUCCGAUGGGUACACAAGAGUAGUGGAGGAGUUGGUGAAGUAUCCGUCAAGUUUUUCUCUGUCUCCGUCACACAUCAAACUUACGCAGGCCUUCUGGCUGCUUGACCAUAAGGACUUCCAGGAGGGACUUAAUGUGUUACUGGAUCCGCUUGUUAACGCUAAUGACAUCACACCCUCUCAGCACAGAAGAAUUGUCAAGGCUUUCCUCUAUCAGGUUGUGAACAACUUGGGAAACUGGAGUGUGUGGUUCACCUUCCCCUCUCACCCUUGGAAGAGGAUGCUCUUGUGUCCUAUCUGAGGACCUCCUCAUAUCCUGCAGCUCAGGAUUAUCUCCUUGUUUAUUAUUUGCAGAGAGCAAGAUACGACGAAGCUGCAGUUCUGCAAAAUAACCUGCGUGGUGGUCUUGGUACUGCCAAAAAGCGACAGGGAGCAAGGUCAGCACUCAUCCAUGGCUAUCUCACACACUUGCCUGAUGUUGCUAAGAAGCUGUCAUCCACCAACUUGAGCAACAGAGGACCAACACACACAGUCUACAGCAAACCCCAGCCCCUGUCAGCCCAGAUCCGGCAAGCAGCGUGCAGCCCCAAGACAGCUGCAACUAACAUUAAUAAAAUGAUACAGCGAGAGCAAGACACGUGGCCAGUAAAUAAGGGUGCGACCACACCCUACACCCCAUUCAGGAGCAAAGCGCAAAGGCGAAGAGGGUUUGGACAGCCUGAAGGUCUUGGCUUUGGGGAUAUCAGCUCUCCCAAAUUGAGAGAUCCUACCAGGGAGAUAUCCCACACUGUCUUCCCAUCUCGAGUUGAAGCAAGCCAGUUAAGAUACAUUGAUCACGACGGUGAUAUUGGCCUCUUCAGUCCAACCAUCAAGAGGAGCCGCCAAGAGGUGUCCCUUUUGAAUGACGAUACCUCAAGACUGAUGGAGUCCGUCCUUAGAAAAAAUAUUCAUAGCAGCAUGGAUGUGAAUGCCAGUGUGUCUCAAAACAUAUCCUCCGAUUUGCUGUCCUUACUGCAAACCCCCAAAAUUGUCCGGAAGAGGAAGCCUCUGAACCGUUCUGUUGGAGAAUCGCCUCUUACGGACACCCCACAGUCCAUACUCAAGGUUCGCCAGAUGGUGCAAAGACCCAUGAGUCCAUCAGCUACCAGCGACUCUUCCAUCCCAGUGUUCCCAAGAAUUACCAAGAGAGCCAGUAUUUCAGCCAGUGAGGAGGUUGUGACAAGCAAAGUCAGUGAUACUAGCAUGACCCCCAAGCAACUGCGUUUCCACCUCCCCAAGAUAGCAGAAGGAGAGAGCAACAGCAAGGAAGAAGUGCUGGAGAGGGAGGAAGAGGAUGAUCUCGUACCCUUGAAGCUUGAUGAGGAAGAGGAAGAUGCAGUGGAAGAAGAAGAAGAGGAGAGAGAGGAGGAGAUUGAUGAGGCAGUGGAGGAGGAGGGAGAGGAAGAAGAGGAGGAGGAGGAUGCCGAUGAUGAUGAAAAGGAAGAAAUUGAUGAAGAGGAGGAAAAGGUAGCCAUGGAACAAGAAGUAGCAGAGGAAGAGUCUAUAGAGAUGGAGGAGGAGGAACCAUCAAGGAAGACAGAAGCAGAGGAAGAAGAGAUGGAGGAUGUAGAGGUGGAAGAGGAGGAAACAGAAGAAAUGGAAUGUAAUGAUGAAGUGAAAGAAACAAACAGUGGAAAUUGGAUAUCAGUGUCACCUCGUCCAGAAAUUCACAAUAAGAAACUAAGCCCAGUGAGGCGCAAGUCUACUGGAAUCCCAUCGCCACGGCAACCUCUGCCUGGCUACGUGGCCAAAACAACUCGGGCAGAAGCAAUGUUACCCCAGAGUGUCUUCAAAGAGUGUGCUGAUGCAGAUGAAAUGGAUGCAAGCAGAGCAUCAGAGGAUGAAGUAGAUGUUGAGUAUCCAAGCAGGGAGACAACUGUGAAUGAGGACUUUUAUAGCUUCACUGAAGAGGAUGAGUUCAAUAUCUCAGAAAAGUCUGCAUUAUCUGCAAUAGGAGAUGGGGUGGCCAAGGAACCUGAUGUUUUGGUUGACAGAAGGGUAGAAGAAAAGGAGCUUGACACUGAGAAAUCAAGUGAAGCAGAAGAGAAAACAGAGUGCAAACUUGAUCAAGUGCACAACAAUGGUCGUAGUAUUACUGAAGGCCAAUGGGUAGAAUACGUAGUAGAAACCUCCAAACAGGAAGUUCAUCAUGAGGAGGUCAAGGAAUUUGUUCUCAUAGAGAAAGAGACACACAUCUCAAGAGAACUAGAGACCAAAGAAGAAAAGAUGCAGCAGCGACUUAAUGAAUCAGAGCAUUUUGGCACUCUACAGUUUUCUGAUUCUGAAAGUGAAGAUGAAACAACAACAAAGGCCCAGCCUCAAGAAGAAGCUUCCACUUUGACCAGCCAGGAGUUUGUAUUAGAAGAGAAUGGUGGCAGUGCAGAAAAUGAAGAGAUCAUUGAGAAGCUGUCAGAGGAAGAGGAAGAGAUGAUAGCAGAAGCUCUCUCAGAAGAGGAAGAUUUGAGUCUGGCUCUAGACACAACAGAACGAUUCAGUCCUCUGCGGUUUUCAGAUUCUGAAAAUGAAAAUGAUGGUGGCUCUGAAGGUGAACAGGAGAAUGUUAUUGAUAGAAAUGGAACAGAUAAAACUUUGUUAGAAUUAAAUGAAACCAAAGACAUGGAGGAAAUUAAGGUUGACACUUCGCAGUGGCAUCCUGUAAAGGUGCAGGUCUUCAAAACAGAGAUAGUCUCAGAGACAAAAGUCAUCAGGAAGACUGUAGAAUCUCCAUUACCAAAGGAAUCAGUCCUCACAGAGAGCAAUUCAGAAACUAUUAGUGUAGAGAACAAUAAUGAGGAAAUUGCAAAAUUUAUCAGAAAUGAUGCAUCAAAGAAGGACGUAGCCGGAACAGAGACAGGAGAACCAGUUGCAAGCAAUGAAGAACAUAGAGUAUCAUAUACCUCAUCUACAAAUGGAUCGUCAGAACUAAACCACAAAGUAGUAGAAACCAUACCAUCUUCAGACAUCUCAGAGUCCUCUACUGGGGUGCCAAAAGAUCAGUUGGAAAAAUCAGACAUUCCAUCUGCCACAGACUCCAUGAACAUGAAUGAAGAACAGGGCGAGGUCGUUCAUGAAGAGGGUAAAGAAGUGGAAGUCCAGGAGAAAGACACAGACACAGACAUAAAGGAGAGUGCUGAUGAAAAAAUGGAAGAAAAGAUGGGUACAUCAGUAGUAGAUACUGUUGUUAGUCCUAAAGCAAACGUCUCUGUAGAAAAUGAAAGUAUGGAGACAGAUGAAACCGAUGGGAAGGUAAUUGCUGAAAGCGCGUCUCAACAGGAACUGGAAGCUAUAGAAAGAGCAGAAGUUGGUAGGUUAGAUGUUACACCACCUGAGGAGACUGAUUCAAAGGAGGAAAAAACUAGUGAGAAGGAAGAUGGUACUGAAAUUAAGUCAGACCUUGUAGAAACUAGAGAUAGACAGGCUAGCAAGAAGGUUAAAGAAAUUAUUCAAGAAGUAGAAAGCAGUCCUCCAGAGGAAAGUUCAGAACUUCCUACUAGACCAGAAACACCAACUAGAAAAGCUGAGGAAGUACCAGAAACUUCAAGGGUUUCUUCAGUGCGUAGAAGUCGAAGACUCAGCACAUCAUCACCAGCCACUCCUGCAACCCCAAGGAGAAGCCGACGGACAAGUGGCAGUACAGCAGAUGAACCAGUGACACCUGCCCAUAAAUCUCUCUUAAGUGAAGUUGCCUUUGAAAGGGUGACAAGGUCAGGAAGGAAGAUCGGACAGGUGCCAACGCCUGUUACAAAGAAGCGGGCCACAUCCCCCACACCUAACCUUGUCUUAUCAGGGAGAAUGCAGAGAAGAGCCUCAGCAGCAGCAGAGGAAGUUCAGAAAGUGACUCAAAGGCUGGAGUUAUCUGCUGAUGAAACUGAAGAGGGACCUGCAGUAGGUCAGGAACCAGUGUCUGUGUCUAUAGCCACUCAUGAUGUCUUGCCAACUCCACCCUCAUCACCAACAACUCCAUCUACAAGGAGACGAAGGAGGCAGAGCUCAGGAGAGGCUGAAGCUUCUGCCACCAAGUCCCCAAGUAGGCGUUCUACUAGACAAAGUGCCUUGGAUGAGUCUUUAGGAACAAUUCAAGAAGAAGCAGAGGUAUCAGAGAGUCUAGAGAUUAAGGCCACAAAAAGUAAAACCACUCCUAGAAAAUUAGAAGGUACUCCCACCAAAGCAACACCAACUAAAGCCACACCAACAAGGACACGCAGAAAAUCUGCCAAACAAGCUGCUGGCAUUGAGAGCUUAGAAACAAUUAAAGAGGAUGCAGAACUUUCAACUGGUUUUGUGCCUCUUGUUUUAGAUGAACAAAUAACAGGAACUCCAUCCCGAAGAACUCGUCGUUCACUUGCAGGAGAGACUAGUCAAACGCCUGGCACUCAAACACUUAGAGAGGUUUCAGAGACCACCCCUGAAGCAAAGACCCCAUCACGUACCAGAAAAGGGUCCAUAUCAAAGACAUCAGAUGCCACUCCUGAGAUCAAAACUCCUAUGCGUACAAGGCGGCAGUCUGGUGCAUCUGAUGUUUCUGACAUUGCAGGGGAAGCUAAGACACCAACACGAAGGACACGAAAGUCUGUUACAAAGGAAGUGUCGGAAGUCACUCCAGAGAAGAAAACCCCUUCAAGGACAAGAAGACAGUCAGUGUCUUCUGAUGUGUCAGAAGCAGCCCAGGAGGCCAAGACACCAUCACGCAGGACACGCCAGUCUAUUUCAAAAGAGUUGGCAGAGACUGUCCAAGAAGCUAAAACUCCCAUGCGCACAAGAAGACAGUCUGUUUCAUCUGAAGUGUCAGAGGCUGCUUCAGAAACCCACAUACAGGCACGUGGAAGACGCCAGUCCAUAUCAGAGGGUAUGACAGAGGUCGUCCCUAAAACAAAAACUCCCUCACAGAAGAGUCAACUAUCUCGAUCAGCCAAAAGUACAAGAAGAAGAACAAUACAGGUAUUACAAUCUGAAGAGGAAUCUGCUUCUGAAGCUGCACACAGAUUGAUCUCUGUCCCAUCUCCAGGAUCAGAAAUAUCACAGAGAUCUCCAGAUAGAAUGUCAACCAGAUCUAGCGUCAAUAGCCCACUAACGAGCAUAAAAGACUCAGAGAGCAGUGAAGAAGAAGAGGUAGGCAGAAAGAGAGCAUCUAGGCAAGCAACUAAAAGAACAGGAAGAAAGUCUUUGGCAGUUGAGAAGACUGUGGAUGAACCAACAGUCAGCAAGCGCAAGAGUCGACGUCUCACCAGCAGCACACUCCCAACAGCUAUAGUGAGUGACUUGCCUGAGAAGAUCAAGACUGGCAAGAUGUCUCGAAAGUCAGUUGUGUCAUCAAAGCUUUAUGCUGAUACAGACACAGGGCUGGCCACACCCCCAGAUUUUGGUGCUACCCGUCGUGUGCAGACUUCAAAGAAAGGGAGUUCCGGCUCCACCUCAGUCCUGCUCUUGGAGGAGUCGAGGGAGUUGUUGGAUGAAGAAGAGGAAAUGGUCUUGGAGAUUGGGGGAGAGGUGUUCGAAGGUGUAGAUGAAGAAAUAGCAGAAGCUGAAACAGAAGCCCAAGACAGUCCAGAUGUCUCACUCUUGAUGAAGAUGAGCAGCAGAGGCAGAAGGAAGCGAUCCAGCGCUCUUUCUCUACUUUCGGCACCGAAGGAGGGGAAGAAGAUCUCUGCGCUGCCCAAGCGUUCCUUGACAUCAAUGAGACUGGCAACUGAUUCUUCGCAGGAUGAGGAUGCAAUGGAAACGAAAGUGAAAAAGACGAGGAAAGCGUCCCGAAGGACCACAGCAGCAGAUGCGACAAUUCUUGAGCUAGAACCAGAGAGGAGGGACAGUGUUGGAGAUAAGGAGGAGGAGGAACAAAAAGUGGAGAAAGUAGAAAAGAAAAGAAGGUCAGUAAAAAAGACUAAGUCACAGGUAGAAAAGAAGGGAAUGCCAGUAGAUGUGGAUGUAGCAUUAGAGAAGAAACUCAAGGCUGUGCAGGAGAUGGCAGAAGCAACCGAAAGGGAAGCAAAAGCUGAACUUCGGAAAGCAGAAGCCCAAGGAGAAGCUAUAAGCAAAGAAACCAAAGAGGAGCAAGUGGUGCAGUUUCACUUUGCAACACCGAAGCCUGUCAUCAGCUCGAGGAAAGCCAGAGCACUUGAACACCUGAUGGGAGAAGCAGUGGAAUUCUUGUUUUCUCCUCCUUUAGCUGAAGGAAGGAUUGUGAAAACCCAUGCCAAGAUCGAGGAAGCCAGAAGCAGUUCGAGUGAGUCCGAGACGGAAGCAGCUGUUCCAGAGAAGUCCUUCAACCAAUGAUAACGGACAAUUGCGAACACUAGUGGAUAGAUUAUCGUGAUUAACAGUGUUCUCUCUCCCGGAAAAAAAAUGAAUUAUCAUUAGUGUUCAUCUUUAGAUAAUGAUCAAAUCUUGCUAACCUCAAAGCUUUCAUGGCUCUUGGGAACUGUAAAUGUGAUCAAGGAGAAAAGAGAAAUAGUUUGUUUGUACAGGCAGAUGGAAGGGCACUCACGGUGAAUCUGUUUCUGUUCUCCUAAACUACCGUAAAUGAGUGCGAUUAUGCAUGGGAAGUAUAUCUGUGAAGUGUGGUAAUCAUAAUAAUGAGACUUCUUUUCUUUUCUUUUCUUUUCUUUUCUUUUCUUUUUUUUUUGUUUUUUUUUUUUACUUAAAACGCUAAGAUACUUUCUGUGAUUGACACUGAAAAAAAAACAUGUUAAGAUUUUUUUUGUUUCUCUCUAUAUAUUUUCGUAGCUCCUUUUUUUUUUUUUUUUUACAUAUGUCAUUGUUUUCCUGUAUAUGAAUUGUUUUCGCUUUUAGUUACUCUGGAUCAUGUUAUUUUUUACUCGGGUUUAGUACAAUUAAUAAAAGAAAAUAAUUUCCUUGCCUUCGUUGUUAUAUGGUCAGUGGAUUUAAGUAAGCAACUCUCUUCCAAUUUAGCGACAUUUUCCCGUAAUUUUAACCCGUUUCGAGAUUAAUGUUGAACCAGGCUGUGAUACAAGUUGUUAGGAUAUAACGUAUAACACUUUCUGCAUAGAACGAUAAGAGUUAACAAGAUGGAAAACAAAACAAAUAGAAAAGAAAGCCCUAAGCUGCACAAAUAUUCAGCAGACGUUUAACCAUUUGAUCAGAUAAAGGAUGGCGCUAUUAAACGGGCCUAGUCUUAACCAUAGCACGUGUAACAGGCAGUCGCGCUUGCCAACCACAAAUACUACAAUGUCCUCAGUAGUUUGUAAGGUUUGGAUGGAUCUUGAUUUAGUUGACACAUUGAUUUUUUUCUCUCUCUUUGAAAGGGUUGCGUCGUAAGUAUGUAUGUUGCUGGAAGUUUUUUGUAUGUCAGUGUUCUGUAUAAAACCUUCAUAGCGCAAUGCCGGACUUAGAAUGUUGGGAUGACUAUAUGUAUAUAAAAUCAUGUUCACUGCUGCAGCUCAUGGAUUUGUUCUGUUGAUCAAAUUGCUCAAGAUUUGACAUGUUGGCAUUUUAGUUUGUGAUUUUCUCCUUGUUCUUUUUUUUAAUGGGUGAUAACUGUAUAGAAUCUAUUUUAAAAGUUAAUAGACCUUACUAAAUCAAGUCAUCUGCCAGAAUAUAUUAAGGAGAUAGCUUACAGAAAUGAAGACUAUUCUAGGCUUUUUAUCUUCCUACUUUCGCAAGAUAUUUUGGUGCCAUUUUAUAUAUUUUUGAAGCUUUUUGUUCUUUGGAUCAGUUAAUACGAGUGGAGAAAGGGAUUUUUAAUUUAAACAGCUUUUUAUAAAUAAAAUACUGUAAAGAAAA